UCCUCUCCGCCAAAUUAAUUUCGGAUUUCCUUCGAGCUCCGGUGAAGGGCGCUCCAUUCUGGAGAUUUCGCAACCUCUCCCUCCCUCCCUCCGCCAUUUUAUUUUUCUCUCGCCUCCACCAACGUCACCUCACCAGUCACUAGUUGGUGAAAUCCAUCACUCCCCCGCAGCCCUCAUCGGCCUCUCCAAUCCACCUUGCCGUCUUCGUCAUGCGCCGCGAGGGUUUGGGGAAUUUUGGAGUGGAGGAGGAGGAGGCAAGGGAGGACGGGCAGGGAAGUUUGUUUAUGGAAAUGGAUGUGGAGGAAUCCUCGCCGUCGUCGUCGCUGAUGUCAUCUCCGGCCGGGUCGUCGGAUUCCAUAGACCUCAACUUCCUGCCGUUCCUCAAGAGGGAGCCCAAGUCGGAGCCGGGGUCACCAGAGCUCGGCCCCCUGCCGCUGCCGACCCAGACGCCGCCGCCGCAGCAUGCGGCGGCUCCGGCUCCGGCUCCGGCUCCUGAGGCCUCGGUGCCUCUGCCGCCAGCGACUCCUGACCUUUCGUCCGCGCCGGUGAUGGCGCCGCUGCAGUCGCUGCCGCCUAACCAGGACGUGGACGCGGUCCUUCAGGAGUACUACCGCCUCGCGAGCCUCUACGUCUCGUCUACGGGGUCCGGGGCCAUCGUCCCGGCGCCGGCGCCGGAGGCGACCGCACCGGCGGUGGUGCAGUCCGCGUCCGGGUCCGUCGUGAAGAAGCGCCGGCCGCGUUCGUCGGACCUCGUGCGGGUCUCCUCGCUCGGCGUGCAGGACCAGAUCUACUUCCGCGACCUCGUGCGCAGGGCGCGCAUCACUUUCGAGUGCCUCCGCGGGCUGCUACUCAGGGACGACGAGCGCGCCGAGUCCCUCGGCCUCCCGGGCGUCGCCGGGUUCGGCGUUGCCAGGGAACGGCGCCGCGUCCGCGCGGACCUGCGUGCCGCCGCGAUCAUGGCGGACCACGACCUCUGGCUCAAUCGCGACCGCCGUAUCGUGGGGCCGUUGCCCGGGAUCUCGGUGGGCGAUGCGUUCUUCUUCCGCAUGGAGCUCUGCGUGCUUGGCCUCCAUGGCCAGGUGCAGGCAGGAAUUGAUUAUGUCAGUGCAGGGAGGUCUGCAUCUGGAGAGCCUAUAGCCACAUCUAUAAUUGUAUCUGGUGGGUAUGAGGAUGAUGAUGAUCACGGCGACGUACUUGUGUACACUGGGCAUGGCGGCCGUGAUCCCAACCUCCACAAGCAUUGUGUUGAUCAGAAGCUGGAGGGCGGCAAUCUUGCGCUCGAGCGCAGCAUGGCUUAUGGUAUUGAGAUUCGUGUAAUCCGUGCUGUCAAGUCAAGACGAAGCCCUGUUGGUAAGGUAUACUUCUAUGAUGGCCUAUACAAGGUUGUUGACUACUGGCUCGACCGUGGGAAAUCUGGGUUUGGUGUUUAUAAGUAUAGAAUGCUGCGCAUUGAGGGCCAAGAACCCAUGGGUACUGUGAAUUAUCAAGUAGCUGAACAACUUAAGGUGGAUGUGCUUGCUAUAAGGCCAACAGGGUAUUUGAGCUUUGAUAUCUCCAUGGGCCGAGAGACCUUGCCAGUUGCACUCUUCAAUGAUGUUGAUGAUGAUCAGGACCCACUCUUGUUCGAGUAUCUGGCACGGCCAAUAUUUCCUACCUCUGCUGUUCAGGGGAAGUUUGCUGAAGGUGGUGGUGGUGGUUGUGAUUGCGCUGGGAUUUGCUCAAUUGGAUGUAACUGUGCAGGGAGGAAUGGUGGCGAGUUUGCAUAUGAUAAGACUGGAACCCUGCUACGAGGCAAGCCACUGGUAUAUGAGUGUGGGCCAUACUGCAGGUGCCCACCUAGUUGCCCCAACAGGGUUAGUCAGAAGGGGCUUCAACAUAAGCUUGAGGUAUUCCGGUCAAGGGAGACUGGGUGGGGAGUUCGGUCUUUGGAUCUCAUAAAGGCUGGCACAUUCAUUUGUGAGUUCAGCGGGAUUGUCCUUACUCACCAGCAGUCAGAGAUUGUGGCAGCGAAUGGCGAUUGCUUGGUGCGUCCAAGUAGGUUUCCUCCAAGGUGGCUGGAUUGGGGUGAUAUAUCUGAUGUGAACCCAGAUUAUGUGGCUCCAAACCAUCCUGCUAUUCCUGAGUUAAACUUUGCAAUUGACGUGUCAAGGGCAAGGAAUGUGGCAUGCUAUUUCAGCCACAGUUGCAGUCCAAACGUGUUUGUCCAGUUUGUGCUGUUUGAUCAUUACAAUGCCUCUUACCCCCACCUCAUGAUCUUUGCCAUGGAAAACAUUCCACCAUUGAGGGAGCUAAGCAUUGACUAUGGGAUGGUUGAUGAAUGGGUUGGACAGUUAACCAUGUAGCUGGAGUACCUAUUUAGAAGGCAGUGCUCUCUUUCUUUUCCCUUUAUUUUUGAAGUUCCCAUAAUGCUUCACUUGAGUUCAUCAAGCCAACUGCUGACUAAAAUUCCUCAGCUGUUCAACAAUGGAGGUUUCCAACUAGCAUAAUGUUCCUCGAUGACAGAGGCUUGCAUAAGGUGGACCAAGCUGCAACUCAUUGUCAUCAACAGUACAUCAGCCUUUCAUUGUAUAUUUUGCCUGAUACCUAGGUGCCUUGGCCAAUUUUCUAGAUGAGCCCGCUUUUGAAGUGUAAUAUGUGCGCUGCUGUAGGAAGCUUGUUUGGCGUGGCUGGCGCCGGAUUUCAGUCUUAACCUUUGUGUUAUGAGUUGUCGCUGCUGGAACUCAUUUUGUACAUAUAUCUGUAAAUUAUCUAGCUGCAAAUGUGUGCAUCUCUGUUGAGAAUUGUUGGUCCAUAUGUGGCAAAGUUAUUUGCAUACCUUGUGGAAUUAAAGAUCCCGCAGAGCUAGGCUUGUUCAGUAA